AUGAAUACUGUACUUCUUGAACAAGUGCGCGAGAUGCACUUAGAACUAAAACAAAUUCGACGGGAUAUUCAUGCUCACCCUGAAAUGGCCAUGGAAGAAGUACGAACAUCCGCGUUAGUUGCCAAUAAAUUGAAAGGAUGGGGUAUAAUGGCGAUUGAAGGUGUUGGUCAAUUUGGUGUUGUUGGGAUCUUGAAAAGUUUACAGCCAGGCAAUAAUACAAUUGGUCUGCGCGCUGAUAUGGAUGCUCUUCGUCUGAACGAACAAAAUGAUGUUCCUUACAGAUCCAAAAUAUCGGGCACGAUGCAUGCCUGCGGUCAUGAUGGACACACAGCUAUGUUGCUUGGUGCAGCGAAAUAUCUCGCUCACCAUCGUGAUACGUUUUGUGGAACUAUUUAUUUUAUAUUUCAACCGGCUGAAGAGGGGCUUACUGGUGCUUUAGCAAUGAUCAAGGACGGUCUAUUCGAUCGAUUUCCCAUGGAUGCCGUCUACGGACUACACAACUAUCCAGAACGAUUCGGGAAAUUUGCAAUACGUGCUGGUCCGAUGAUGGCAGCAGGUGACAGUUGGCUCGUCACUUUCCGUGGUACAGGUGGUCACGGAGGUGCACUCGUACAUCGAGCCAGUGAUCUUACCGUUUUGCAAGCACAAUUUGUUUUAGCAGUACAAACCAUUAUCAGUCGAAACAUUAAGGCAACCGAUUCAGCGGUGAUAACCGUAGGUGCCAUUGAAUGUGGUUCAUUUCAAUCGUUAAAUGUCAUGCCAUCAACAUUACGUAUUGGUGGCACGACUCGAAGUUUAACAGAAUCCGUGCGUAGUACAAUUGAACGACGCAUGAAGGAAAUUGCUAGUAAUCUCGCAGCUGAUUUUGGUUGUGAAGCUGAAGUAGAAUACGUUCGAGUUGCAUCCCCCCUGGUGAAUCACGCAGAACAAACCAAACGAGCUAUUACAGCGGCUGAAGCCGUAGUUGGCGAAGAAAAUGUCGAUCGAAACACAGAGCCGACGAUGGCUGGUGAAGAUUUUGCUUUCAUGCUCGUCGAACGACCUGGCGCUUUUAUAUUUUUGGGUGUGAACGAUGAUACCAGAUUUCGAAAUUUACAUUCACCCACAUAUGAUUUUAACGAUGAAGUUAUUCCAUAUGGUGUAGCUUAUUGGAUCAGUUUAGUCCAACAAGAACUCAAGUAUUAA